CGAAUUCUCUCCUGUUUGCUUGUUUAAAAUGGUGGUGGAAAUGGGAUGUAAAUCUCUUCCAAAGAGGGGGGUCGGAAGGGAAGAGUUAGUUGGCUCCAGAUCUAGACUCUGGCAGGAAUUUCCCUCCCUACCACAAUCUGUGCUCUGUGGAUGCGCUGUUCCUCAGUGACUGUCUCAACUGGUAUCUCCCUCCCCCACACGCGCGCACCCGUCCCCUGGAGAAGCACCGCGGCUGACAUACGCUUUAGUCUUCUGUGGUCACAGCUGGUGCCUGGAAAAUGUCUUCUUGCGAGGCAUCGGUCACCUCUUUGGAAGCCUUUCUUGCGAGGUUUGGUGCGAGCUGUGGCUGGCCGUGGCAAUGAGAUUACUUGUCGCUCACUUUGGCAGGCUCUUGAGAAUUGCUCUGUCCCUCUGUGAGUUAACUUCUCACGCACACAGCCCCCCUUGAGAAAAGGCCAGGCCCACGGCACAGGUCUGGUCAAGAUGAUGGAUGGGCUGCAUUUAUUCUUGCUGAUAAACCGUUACGACAAAGUCAUCCUGGUUCUGUCCCCAAGCUGCAGUUUGGCACAAGGCUUAAGGUUUGCUUUUCCCACUGCUCCGGCUGUCUCCCAGGCUUGUGCAUGCCUGACUCUCUUUUCCCCCAGUCCCUUCCAAACACCUUGGUGUAAUUAUAACACAAAGCCCAGUUCCCUGGUGCCGGAAUGUGGCCAUUCACGCGCGGGACGCGAGCUGCCAUCUCUCCUGUUCCGUUCAUCUCAUUAACGCAGACCCUGGCAGGGCUAUGUCACCGCAGCACCAGGCUUUAGAAGUGCGCUGAUGAACAGACCUGUGAUCUCUUUUGAAAUCCUAGCUGGAGCUUCCUACUUGCUGGGCUUAAUUUCUGAAUCCACCGCUGUCCGUGGUGCAGAGACCAAGCCAAGCUUGUUCCGCCCUGUUGUCUCUCGCUGUGCGCCCCCCCUGCCCAUUUCACUAACCCUCAGCACAGAUGUACUGGGGGGGAGCAUGUCCCCCUCCCCACUAGAAUUUCUUCUCUCUGCCCUUUGCUCUGUAGUACUCUUGAUCAGACGCGUGACGUUGUGAUCAGCCUGGCCAGUUCCAUAGGAUGACAGAUCUUCCAGACACUGCACAAGCUUUUAUUAGUCUGCUUGGAAGCUCUGUCUGCCCUUGCAGAAUAUGCCACGGGCUUCCUGUAGGAUCUCGGGGACAUCGAGGAAGGAAUGGCCCCAGGAUCAGAGCAGCACGCCUGGGAUUCGCCGGCUCCUGCCGACGAGCACAGUCCGUUGUUGCCUCCCGUUCUUCAGCACGGGUCCAGAUUCUAAAGGGGCCCUUGGCGCUUCGUAGACUGGCAAACCUACAGAUCCCUGCCCCCAGGAACCUACACCGGACUAGACCCGGGGGAAUGGUGCAGAAAUGGCUCCCCAAUGCUCAUUCACCUUUUCAAGGGCCGUGCUGUGGCUGUCUCGGCCGCUGGUGUUCUUGCUCUCCGAGAGCAGCCAGGGGGUGAGGUGGCUGGCAGGAUGUGCGCUGAGUCCUCACACCGGACUGCCACAGAUGCAGGGACCAGCCAGAGAGACACACCAAGGAACGUACCCGGCAUUGGUGUGUCCCAAAAGGGAGCCAGGGGACCGGUGGGUGGGAGCUUCUUCUGCAGGUUUUCCCCUCCUGCUCUAUUAAAAUGCCCCAGGCAGGGCUGCAGUACAGGGCAAGCCACCCGGAAUUCCCAAAGGGCUCGGUGAUCGCCACCCAGCUCCCAGUGAGGGUGCCACAGUGCGUCCCCGCAGCAGGACUCUCAGCAGCACACGUCCCGUUCACCGCGUCAGGCCUCUCUGCACACUUGGGAGCAUCGGCCGCCCCGGCCCUGCAAAUACACAAUUGCCAGAGUUACGUGCAUCCAAGCAGGGAACUGAACCAGUGCCGUGUGACCUGCGGCCAGGCCGAACUGUUCCCGGUUCAAACAGCAACUGCUGGAUCCUCGCAGUGAAGUUUGUGGACAAUGUGGUUUUUCCGUUGGACGUUUGUCCAGUAGCUGCCAGUGCACCCAAACUCCUGGGAGCUGAGCCAGGCAAUUCACACACAAAAUCAACGGCCAAAGUCAACAAAGAGAUUGUUCGCUGCUAAUAGUUCGCCCCGUUCUGGCCCGGGGGAGGGUAGGAGGCGCAUGUAUGACUGUAGAAGAACUUGCGAUGCUUUGGUAACGUACUCUUCUUGUCUCGUCUAUGGAAUGUCAUGGUCCAUAUUUUCAAGCGAAUGCGUGCGUAACUGCCAGCUGAAGUUGCACAUCCACCUACUGUUGUUGUGUGUCCGUUGUCAUGGGGCAUGUCUCUGACCGUGCAGGGCUUCUCCUCCGGUCCGAGGGAGCCGAGGGAGCCGGUGUCGAAAGGUUCCUGGACAGAGGGAUGGCCUAACAAAGAUCACGGGCGCUAUACAAAGAUCGAUCUAAACUGCAAGCCGGGUUUCUGCACACAACUAGCACAAACACAGAGUUUGGAACCCAGUUGCCACUGGAAAAUAAAAGAGCCAGACGCACAACAGUGAUGCCUUCCAGGAGGGCAGUCGUGGGGUCUCAGUUCCCAGGGGGCUGAAGGGACGCGGACCUUUUGGCUCAGGCUUGGUGUCCUACCUGAGAGGGUGCAGGGAUGCAGAACAGCUUUGUGCCUGUGGGUUGCAAAUGCUAAUCCUGACCCUGCCACUGACUCAGAGGGUGACCUCGGUUAUGUCACUUCUCUACCUCAGUUUCCCCAGGACUAAUAUUGAGAUGACACCCUUGACCUGCCCACGUCGGAGUGCGAUGUCCGAGGCUUUAUGUAGAGUGUUUGGAAAUCACGGCGCUUCGUGGAUGGACAGUGCAAUGAGUGCUGUACGGUAUCAUAAACACACGCGGGGGAGGGCUAGAGACUGUCUGUAGCAGUCACCUGCUUUAAUGAACCAAGCCAGGCUCCCUGGCUGUGAGUUACCAGUGUGAGUUGGGGGCCUGUGGCUGUCGCGGUCCCAGUGGGUCCUCGUGUGCCUGGCCAGACUCUGCCCGCUUUAGUGCACUGGCAGAGCCACCUGCCCGGCUCGCGUGGUACCCAAGGUGCCUUUCUGCUGUGGUGGGGAGUGAUGCUGGGAACCCAGGAAGAGCCAAGCGCUGCACUGGGCAUGGGGUGAGGAGCAGCACAGAAUUGCCGCUGGGGGGUGGAUAGGAACAUCCCAGGGAGUCACAGAUGGCUGCAUCAACCAGUCAGGGGGCAGCCCUGGUGACUCCAAGGAGACCGUGUUCCACUCUCCUCUCUGGAAGAUGCAUCUGCAGCUCUGGCCAUUAGGGGAAGGGCGGUGGUACAAAGUGGGAGCAGACUGGCAGACCUGGCAUAAAGCCAGUGCCUCCAGGCCCCUGUCCCAAGUGGGCUGCAUUCAGCCCACUCAUUAUUUUAUCUGCAUGGUGCCCGCCGUCUGCCAGGAGCUUACGGGCUCUGGGGGCUGCCAGCCUAAGAAGUAUCUGCCUCUCUCCAUGGACUGGGAGGACCAGGGGAAAAGCCAGCUUGGAAGUGGGGUGCAGAGCGGUGGAUAAGCUAGCAGGAAUGGCUUGGCUUUCCCCCACCCCAGCCUCCUCUGACCCAGACAUGCUGCUGGGAGCAGAUGUCCUUGCUGCGGGAUUGGGAGCCCGGGUGAAACCUGCCCAGUGAGCCGUCCCGACGCUUGACUCGCCCUGGCAGUGCCGUCUGUGUCUCACGGCCCAGGCUGGCUCACUGGGAGCUCAGCGACUCCUCCGCGGGGAGGCGGAUUCCCAGCUUACAGAGACAGCACCCUCUCCAGCAGGACGGGCUGAGGCGACAGCUGUGCCCUCCAUGGAUUUCCCUCCCAGCCUUGGCCCGACGCUGCGGGGGCUUGGCCAGGCCCCACCGUAUCUUCAGAAGCUGGGAGGGGGCGGUGGGAUCGUCCAGAACUUUAAGGUUCUUGCAAGAAAUAUUGGGACAAAGAGUCUUGGCUGUGUCUUUCUCUCUCUCUCUCUUUUUUUUUAGCUCCGGCCCUGUUUAUCUUUGCCGAAUUAAAUCCUUGAUUAACCCUUAUCUCUCCAUUUCAGCAGCUAUCUCUCCUUUGGCGCCGUAUGUCCAGACACCCGGUACAGGAUGAUUGAUUCCUUAAAGAUACGCGCGGCUUUUCGGAUACUUCAUUUAUUGUCUAAAUAUUUUUGCUCCCAUUUCAGCAGCUCCCUUAUCGAGCCGCGUUGAUGAUUUCCAGCCCUGCUUUUCUCUGCCGCUCGCCUCCCUUCCUAUCUCUGCCCAGAGAACUGAGGAAGGAAUCGCAGCUCCAUCCCUGAUAGUGACUAUCGCCCUUCAGUCGAUUUUCCUUUGUUGUUUUUGAGGAGGGGGGAGGAAGAACAAGGCACGGCCUCCCCGGAGCGUCUGGUUACAGGCUGCCAUCCUGCCCGGGGACAAGCCACGGGGCGCAUGCUCCGGGCCUGGCUUGUCUGUCUCGCUCUGAUUGUUGGGCCCGACCUGCGGGGAGGCUGCUGGGGGGACGUCACGCUUGGCUGGAGCGUAGUUCUGAGCUGCCUUGGGAACUCCAGGCCAGCCAAGUUUCUGGGGCAGGCUGCACUGGCUGCUGGGGUAAACAUGGGUGCCCCCAGUGCUUACAGUGACAUCCAAACAGCAAGUGCUCUUCAGAGGGACUCCCUGCUCCCGUCACCUUGCUGUUGUAGAUGCACCACAAGCCAUCUCCACUGUUAUUGUCGCUGGCCGUGGCCGUCCGCUCAAGCCAUGCGAAGGGCAGCCUGGGCCAGCCCAACUUUCCACCUAAUAAUACUAACCGUGAGCUGUGCUGCGGACACAGCGCUUCUUGUCUGUUGAUCUCCAGCCGCCGUAAAAAGGAGGCCGGCGUCAGCUGUAAAAUGGGGGAAACUGAGGCACAGAAUGGGGCAGUGACUUGUCCAGAAUCGGACGGUGGCAGUGCUGGGAUUAGAACCCAGUUCUCCGGAGUCCCAGGCCAGUGCUCGAGCCACUAGGAGACACUGCCUCCCCUCAGGCGCUAACUGGGCAGGGCUCCCCUCUCCCUUAGCAGGACAAAGCAAAGUCCUGCUACCUUGUCAUUGCCACGUAACCAGCCCCCCUGGAGAGGAACCUGGCUAGGGAGGGGUGGCCCGCUACCCCCAUAGAUAAAAGCCCUGACAUGUCUCCACUGCUGGAGUUACUCCUCUGCCUGGGACACAAGGAAUCCAGGAGUCCCACUCUGCUUAUGAGCCCUGCAGGGCCGGCUCAUGGGCCACCGCCAUUCAGGCAAGAUACCAUCCAGCCGUCUGAGUCUGGCAGGGGGUUGGACCCAAGCCUGGGUUCUGCUCCCCGCCCAGGCAAUGUUGCUGGCCCUAUUGUGCUAAGGGGUGCGCAUAGGGGUGUUGUGACUAUUCCUUGCCCAUUCUCUGCAGUGCUGUCAGAGCCAGCCUGGACCGGUGCCUGUGAACCACAGAGCUGCCCGGCCCAGCUCCAGGGGCUUACCAGGCUGCUUGCUGUAACAGGGCGUGGGCUUGCCUUGCCUGCAUCCUUCUUCUCCUCUCCUUCCCCCACCCAGGUGUCUCCCUGCCCCAAAGCCCUGCACAGCCCCGGCCCAAAGUUAAUGGCUAACUCCUCUCCCUGCCCCCCCGGCGUGCCUGCCGGUGUCUGAGUGGCGGAGCGAGGGGUCGGCGCUGCCCCAGAUAAAGCUCUGCGAGCGAGCGGAUGCUGCGCAGAUAGGGUUUCUGAUGGUUAUCGGGGCCGGUUCAGAAUCGAGACACUGACCUCAUUGUUAAGAGAAAAACAAGGAGGGUUGUGAGAGCCACCGGGCAGCUGGGGGGGGACCGAGGCACAGCAUGGCCCUGUGAUGGGGGUGGGGUCACCAGUUGUCCCAAUUUUAUAGGGAUAGUCCCGAUAUUUGGGGCUUUUUUCUUAUAUGGGCUCCUAUUACCCCCCACCCCCCUCCUCAUUAUUCACCCUUGCUACCUGCUCAGCCUAGACGCGGGGCAUGUGAAGGUGGAGCCAUGCCAGGCAGCCAGCGCUCAUCAGGCAGAGGGGACGGGCGGCUUCGCUCCUCCCCGAUCCUUCCCCAGCAUUGUGCCAGGACACAAAGGGAGACUGGGCCUGGGCUGAGCCCUGCUGAAUUUGGGGAGAUGGGGGUGCAGGAGAGGGACGAGCCAUUUAGACCAAACCAGUGUAAAUGUGGGGGCAGGGGGAUUUCUCACAGGCAGGGGCUGCUCCUUGAACUAGCCCGUUCCCCUCCGUUGUGUAUGCGCAUGGCUGUUGCUUGCUCCCUCGGCAGCACUGGGCGGGGGGGUCACUUUAUGUGGGACCAUGGGGAAUGGUUUGUUAUUGUAGGGUUACUUGGGAGCUGGGGUUGGAGGGUCACUGGGCCGGGCCGUAGGGGAUGGUUCAGGGUCGCUGGGCUGGGCCACGGGGGUCAGUUUGGGGUCGCUAGGCUGGGCCACGGGGGACGGUUUGGGGUCAGAGGGUCACAGAGCCAAUUUGGGGUAGGAGGGUGGCCCAGGCCACGGAGGCCAAUUUGCGGUAGGAGGGGGGCUGGGCUGGGCUGGGUCGUGGAGGCCAGUUUGGGGUUGCUGGGCUGGGCUUCAGGGGUCAGUUUGCGGUUGAAGGGUCGCAGAGCUGGGCCACGGGGGCUGGUUUGGGGUCAUUGGGCUGGGCCGGGGGGCCGGUUUGGGGUUGGAUGGUCGCUGGUUUGGAUCAGAGGGUUCCUGGGCUGGGCCAUGGGGGCCGGUUUGGGAUUGGAGGGUUGCUGAGCCGGGCUGUGGGGGCCAAUGUGAGGUCAGAGGGUCACUGGGGCCCAUUUGGGAUCAGAGGGUCACUGCGUUGGGCUGCGGGAGCCGGUGUGGGGUCGGAGGAUCAUUGGACUGAGCCAUGAGGGCUGGUUUGGGGUCUCUGGGCUGGGCCGCAGGGGCCGGUUGGGAUCAGAGGGUCUCUGGGCCGGGCCGUGGGGACUGGUUUGGGGUCUCUGGGCCGGGUUGGGGAGGCUGGUUUGGGGUCACUGGGCCGGGCCGCAGGGGCCGGUUGGGAUCAGAGGGGCUCUGGGCUGGGUGAUGGGGGCUGGUUUGGGGUCUCUGGGCCGAGCCGCAGGGGCCGGUUGGAUCAGAGGGUCUCUGGGCCGGGCCGUGAGGACCUGUUUGGGGUCGGACGGUCAUUGGGCUGUUGUGGCAGUAGAGGGCUUUGCUCGGGUGGCCUGGGCCAUGGCGGAGCUCACGGGGGCUGGGCAAUGGAGGGAGGCUUGUGCGGCAGGAGCAGGUUGGAUGCUGGGGGGCUCCAUACAGAGCAGUAACUCCAAGGACCCUACGUCCCAGCAGGUGGUGGGUUGGGGCACUUGGGGGCUGUCAACAACCCCCCACCCGCCCGGGACAAUCGCAGAAUGCAGCUCAUGGGACGCCAGCGCACGCGCUCCUCCUCCUCCCAGAGCGACUCUGCUAGGCACAACGCCAAUCUUUUUCUGCCCAGGAGACAAUUCCUCCUCCCCCGCAGAUGCAGCCAGAACUCCUGUAUCUGGGGCGAAUGUUUAACCCUUCCAAACACCUGCCCGGCACAGGGGCAGGCAGGUGGCUCCCCCAGGGGCAGGCCGGACUCGCUUCCUCCUGGGCACCAAUGAUGGGGAUUGCCUCUAGUUUGGGGGAGGGGGCAGGAAAAGCCAGUGGGAGUAUUUGCAGCUAACUGGGAUCGCUGCUCUGGGACAGAUGAGCACAUUCCAUUGCCCAAUACUGGAGGGGAGGGUGAACCCCCCUCAUUUCCACAGCCUCACCCCCGCCUCUGACCUUGGAUAUUAUUAAAUAUAUACAAAAAAUUAGGAUCCUUUCUGCACCAUCAGCAAAAAGUGUGUGUGUGUGUGUGUGUGUGUGUGUGUGUUUAUCACGCUAGGAGCACUCUGCUCCGUGCGGCGAUAAGGCCUAAACCGCCCAAGCCUGUCAGUCGGAGUGUGAGGGUUUAGAAAUAUUGGGACGAAUAAUUAGAUUUCAUAUCGUUACCGCAGCAGCCAUCGAAGGAUCAGGCAGAUUUAUUUUUUUUCCCUCCUCUGCUCAUUAAUAUUCAUUAGAGACGCACGAAGGCAGAGCUGGUCUGAAGCCAGACACGAGCGGGGAGUGGGAGGCAGAUGCUGCCGUAGCCCUGACGCUUUGCCAGAGGGGUGCAUCCCGGCUGCUGGGGCCUCUUCCUUUCCCCGAGGCCCUUCCAGACAAGCUCCCCUUCUCUUUGUAAGCCCCACAGCCUUCCCCAAAGGACACAACUCCUAUGGUGUGUGUUGGUGCUUUCCCCCUUGUGCAUUGUCUGGGUGCUCACGUCGCCGGUGGCACAGCUUGGGAGCCAGCCAAGCUGGUCCGGGCCAAUGCCACGAACCGGUCCCCUGGGAGAAGCUGGUGUGUAACUGGUGGGGUGAAUAAAACUGGACUGGAAACUUUUGGAUCAUUGGAGAUGGGACUUCCCUGUGUCCCUCUGUCCAUGCUUGACCCUGCUUUAACCCCACUGUCAUGGGUGGGAGGGGGCUCCUCGGAAAACUGCCGAGAUAGUUGUUCAUUUUUGUAUUAUUGUAACGGCUGGGAGCCCCGAUCCUGGAGCAGACCCCCAGUGUGCCGGGCGCUGUACAAACACAGUCCCUGCUCCGAAAGCAUUGCCUAUAGCAGCACGACGCUAUGGGCCGGAGCCUGCUGCCUUCAGUCAGUCCAUAAACUCCUAGAUUCCAAAGCCAGAAGGAACCAUUGUGCUCAUCUCUGAUCUCCUGUAUAGCCCAGGCCAGAGAACAGCCCCCAAAUAAUUCCCAGAGCAGAGCUUUUAGGGAAACAUCCCAUCUCAAUUUAAAAACUGCCAGUGAUGGAGAAUCCACUGCGACCCUUGGUAAAUUACUCUCACUACUAAAAACGUACAUUUCCAGUCUGAAUUGGUCUGGCUUCAACUCCCAGCCACUGGAUUGCGUUAGCCCUUUCUCGGCUAGGUUAAAUAUUUGUUCCCCGUGUAGGUCCCGUGAUCAAGUCACCCUUUCACCAUCUCUUUGUUAAGCUACACAGAUGGAGACGUGUUCUGCAGGCACCCGGCACCCUGUGAAGUGCUGGCCUGGCUCUGCUGCUCCCCCCAAGGGCACACGGCCUGUCCCCAGUGACAGCAGCUCAUGGGGCUGUGAUGAAGGGGCGCGUGAGGAUGGUGCUCAGUGGGUCUCCCAGCUUGGCCAUUGCCCCAAGAGCUAGAGUCUUAGCUGAGCUGUUUUGGGGGGUUGGCUUUGAGGCCAGCCUCCCUCUGCGCUCUUCAGAUUGUCUGGGGGGGCCCAUAGGGGCAGCUGGAAAACGCAGGCUCCCCUUGUGCAAACCCUCCAUGGCGUGGGCUCCAGCCCUUGGAGAGGCACUCUCUCUCCUCGCGGUCUGGCCAUGGCAGAUGUGAUCAGCCAGGCCCCUCACUCAGGACUCCUCUCCCCAACCCCCCGGCAGAGCCAUUGGUUAUCGGCCGGCAGGGCCCAGUGGAGGCGAGGCCCGUCUCUCCGCCUUCCAGAAGGGCAUGGUGGGGCUCUGGUGGGUUGGGGGGUCCCGCGUGUCCUGUUGGGCCUUUUCCUGUGCACAGAGGCGGUGUCUUGGGCGUGUUUAGUCAGCGAAGGGUCAGCGUGACCCAACCACGUCUCCCCCAUGCCCGUGAUGGCAGGGGGCAGGUUCUACAAGGCAGACGGCUGCCCCCUGUCACGGCAGUGGGGGGCAGCAUCGGGCCCCAGUGCUUCAUGGUCUGCUAUUGCCACCACGUGGCCUGUGCAAACGUUUUCUCGCCCCCAUGGGAUUCCCGAGGCUGUGGCAGUGCGUGGCACGUGAACCCGGGGCCCGGCGCUGUCUCCGCAGGCAUGUGGAGUGCUCUGUGCUGCCCACCCUGCUGGCAGAUGCCUUCUGGCAUCCUGCUAACACCAGGACAAGCAAAGACAGUCCCUCCCUUCUCCGCCCCCCCUUCUCUUCCUCCCUGCCCCCGUCACUGGCGCUACGCCGAGGCCAGGGGUGAUACGAGUGUUUCCUGCGCAGGGGGCACGCGGGAUUGUUAGACCCUGAGUUAAGCAGGAGAGGAAAUAACAUCUUGUCAGCACGAGUGCAGAGCACGCCAGCAGCGCGUGGUGCCGGAGGGGCGGCUAGCCAGCGGCCUGGACGCACGCUGCAGUAUUGCUGAUGCCCGUAAUGGCAAUGGGCCAGGGGGAGGGGCUGAUCUGAAUCCAUGUGUAGCAGCUUGGUCAUGCACAGACAUAGAUGAAGCGUUUCGAUGCCCCGGGCUCACCUCACAGGACAGUCAGCAGGGCUGGCUCUGGGGAACGGCGCCGAGGUCGCUCAAAGGGGAGGGGUUCCCCAGCCGCUCUGUGGGGAGGGCGCUGCUGGGAGCUGUUCCAGGACUGCGGAGAGGGGGGGCCGAGAGGAGCCCACCUCCCUCUGAGCAGAACGAGGGUGCAGGUGGGGGAGUUGGGGUGGGGGCUCCACCCUUCGGUGCUGGGGCUGUCCUGAUCCAGUGCCCUGAGACUGGUGUGACAGGAGAGGACCCCGUGGGCUCUCAGACCCCGCACAUCUGUCCCUGUUUGAUGCUGCAGCGACGGCCGAUGCAAAUGCUGCACUGUUGCUGAGUGGUGACCUGGGCUGGUGCCUGGCUGCAUCUUCCGUACCCAGAAUGGCUUCGCACCCAGCUACUCGGGGCAGGGCGGGGAGGGGGUCCCGAAGGUCUGGGGAACGGAGGGGCCUGGGUCAGGAGUGACUCUCGGGAGUCAGUGCGAUUCGGCCGCCAGACAAGAUGAGCUCAGUGGGGGGUAGCGUGUAUGCGACAGCUCAUCCUAGGGCCGAGUUCUGCAGCAAGCGGCACGUACGCUGGGGACGCAGGGGUGUCCUGUGUGUGCAUGUAUCCAAGCAUGCACAUACCCUACCGUAAAUACCCACGGAGACGUUGAAAUGUUUGAUACAAACGAGUCCAAUUUUGAGUGGGUCGGCUAGGCAAGUCAGUGCCCCCUCCCGACCAUCUCUUCCCCCAGCCUGUCUCCUCUUUAUCCACCUCCAAGGUGUGGCCUUGUCCUGCUGCUCUGCACCCCUGGGGGGGUGUUCCAGUAAUGCCUGCAGAGCUCUCCAGCUCCUUAUGCUGGCCUGGCCAGCAGCUUUUUCUCGCCCACAUCAAUCCCCGUAGAGCCCAUGAGGGCCUCUUCGCACGCCUCGGCACCCCAGGAGGAUGUGUGACAGCAGCGUCCACGUACAGAAUGGGGGUGGGACUUAUACAGCCCUGCAGUCCCCAGAUCCUGCCAAUCUCAACACGAGACCUAUGUCCAGGAGGAGCUCAACUCCUAGGGCUCUCCCCUCCUUCCGUGUGUCCCCCACCCCCAGGACCUCCACGGCUGGGCUCUUACCACUGGGGCACAGGCGAGUGGGUACCCCAGAGAGGUAGCUGGCUCAGGGCUUUUUUUGCCCCAUGCUGGGAUGGGUCAGCGACAGCCCUGCAUUCAUUCACGUCUUCUCUGCUGUGUUUCCACUGUUGGCAGAGUCCGCCUGUGACGCUGAUGCUGGGGGACGAGCGCUGCUGGCUGUCCAGGCUGCCGCUGGUGUCCGGAGAAGCCGACGCCAACUCGGUGAUCUACAGGAAGGGUGAAUUGAUCUGGUGCAAAACCACCCAGGCCAUUGUGGAAAAGGAGCUGCUGAGUGCCUUCGUGAUGGCCGAGCCGCAGGGCAUCCCAAACCACACUGUGAAAUCAGAGCCCGGAGACUCCACCUACCCAGCCAUGCUGCAUGCGGACAUACAGCUUCUACCCCAGCAGGCGGGCAUGGCCGCCAUUCUGGCCACAGCUGUCGUUAACAAGGAUGUCUUCCCCUGCAAGGACUGCGGCAUCUGGUACCGGAGCGAGCGGAACCUGCAGGCCCACCUCAUGUACUACUGCGCCAGCCGCCAGAACUCCAGCUCGCCCUCGGUGGACGAGAAGCCCAAGGAGACCUACCCCAAUGAGCGCGUCUGCCCCUUCCCGCAGUGCAAGAAGAGCUGCCCCAGCGCCAGCUCCCUGGAGAUUCACAUGCGCAGUCACAGCGGAGAGAGGCCGUUCGUGUGCCUGAUCUGCCUCUCCGCCUUCACCACAAAAGCCAACUGUGAGCGUCACCUGAAGGUGCACACGGACACUCUGAACGGCGUCUGCCACAGCUGCGGCUUUAUCUCCACCACUCGGGACAUCCUGUACAGCCACUUGGUAACCAACCACAUGAUCUGCCAGCCAGGCUCCAAGGGCGAGGUGUACUCCCCUGGGCCCGGGCUGCCAGCUGCCAAGCCGCUGACGCCAGGUCCGAGCCAGCCGAGCGGGACCCCCAUCCUGAAGUGCAGCCUCUGCGGCUCCGUGGCCGACAGCCUGGCCAGCCUCCGGCAGCACGUGGUACUGCAUGGCCCACUGCCUGCUGUCCUUGGAGGGGCAGAGCCCACACCGGCCCUAGCACAGCCGGAGUCCCCUGCCAGCACCCCAGCGGACGAGAUGGAGAACGGUGAGGCCAGGCCCCCGCACCCAGAAGGCUGCCCCUCAGCCUCAUCUUCCUCGGGUGAGGCAGCACCACCCCUCAGGAUCAAGGAGGAGCCCAAGGACAGCCCUGGAGGGGAGGCUGAGGCGGCCAAAGGCAUCUCCCCGGCAGAGCCGGCUGCCAGCCCCACGUCGGAGCCGGAAGCCUCCUCUAGGGCCUCGUCCCCACGCAGCCUGCACUCGGUGAAGGUGAAGUCGGAGAUCGUCAGCCCCACGCCGGGAUCUAGCCCGGUGCCCAGUGAGCCGGGGGUGGGCACAGCCGGCGGCACCAUCUUCCUGCCCCAGUACAUGUUCGGCCACGAGGCCACUGUCGUGCCCCAGGCCUCCGAGAUCCUGGCCAAGAUGUCCGAACUGGUGCACAGCCGGCUCAAGCAGGGCCACGGCACGGUGCCCCCAGCCCUCUACCCCAGCACCCCGGUGCCCAAGGGCGCCACCUGCUUCGAGUGCGAGAUCACCUUCAAUAACAUCAACAACUACUACGUGCACAAGCGCCUGUACUGCUCCAGCCGCCACCUGGCCGAGGACAGCCCGCCCGGCGCCCGCAAGGCCAAAGCCCCGCCCGCCCCCCUCAAGGGCCCGGCCACGCCCGGGGCUCUGCUCUCACCCCAGCCACCCGCUGCCGUCGAAGGCCAGGGGCCGCCCUCGCAGGAAGGGGAGGCUGAGAGGGACGCCAGCCCGCCUGCCCCUGCCGCGGAGGCCAAGCCGGAGAUCAAGGUGGAGGAGGGCGGCGCCAAGGCAGGCUCCCCCGAGGCGGAUGGGGCCAGCCGGGCCAGCGAGGACAGCCAAAGCCCCAGCAGUUCGGUGGACGACACGGACGACGACCCCAGCAAGACGGUGUGCGAGGCGUGCAACAUCCGCUUCAGCCGCCACGAGACCUACAUGGUGCACAAGCGCUUCUACUGCGCCUCGCGCCACGACCCGCCCCUGCGCCGGCCCAACGCCCCCAAGGUGCCCUUCCUGCACCAGCCCGUCCGCACCCGCAAGCGCCGCAAGCUCUACGAAAUCCACACCACCGCCAGCCCUGCCCUGGGACCGGCCCACCACCUGGCGGAGCAGCUGGCAGGGGGCCUGGCCGGCGCCAUGGACCCACUGGCAGGGGGCACCCGGCCCGAGGUCCCUCCCAUGCUGUCCGCUCUCAUCUCUGUGGCCAAGGUCCACGGCGCUGCCCCCUCCCCCAGCUCCAGCCCCGAUGCCGACGGCCCCAUUGACUUGAGCAAGAAGCCCCGGCUGCAGGGCGAGGUGCUGCCCGCAUCACUGCUGCCCCUGGCGGACUACCACGAGUGCACAGCCUGCCGCGUCAGCUUCAACAGCCUAGACAGCUACCUGGCCCACAAGAAGUACUACUGCCCCGCCGUGCCCCUCCAGGCUGGCACCCUGGAGCAGCUGCACAAGAUCAAGGGGCCCGUGCCACCCCCCUCGAAAGCCCGGGGCAGUGGUGCCCCUGAGAACCCGGAUGCGCCGGGCGAGGAGCCCGACGGCAUGCGGGUCAAGGUGGAGAAGGCGGUGCUGUCGGUGAGCCCUGGGGCCCUGGUGGCCAAACCCCUGGCCCUGCCAGCCACGUACCCCUGUGCCUCCGGCGUGGACUCCCUGCAGCGCUACGCCAGCGCCAAAGCCCUCCACCUCCCGGGGGCCAAGGUCCCGCUGGCCAUCUGCCCCUACUGCCCACUCAAUGGGGCCGUCAAGGGAGACCUGAUUGAGCACUUCCGUAACGCCCACGGGCUCUUGGGAGCCAAGCCGGGGGCAGGCCCCGGACUGCCAGAGGCCGUGCUCCAAGCUGCCGCCAGGACUCCGGAGAGCAGCCUGCCGCCCCUGCCCGCGGCCUCCCCACCCCAGCCCCUCGCCAGGCUCCGCAAGGACAGCUUAAACGGCAAGGAGCCCGCCGCUCCCUCGGCCUCCAACGGCAGCCCCCUGCCUGCAGGCUCCCCCCGGCCCAGCCUGCCCGUCUCGCCCGCCGCCCCUUUGAACAUAUCACCGGUGCCCGAGGCUCUGAGAGAGCCUGGCCUCAUGUCCGCCACCCCGCCCGGCUACACGGACAAGAGCGUGCAGACCGCGCCCAGCAAGGCCCUGCCCAGCCCCGUCCCCAACGGCAACCACAGAUACUGUCGCCUCUGCAACAUCAAGUUCAGCAGCCUGUCCACCUUCAUCGCCCACAAGAAGUAUUACUGCUCCUCCCAUGCCGCCGAGCACGUCAAGUGAGCCCGGCCCCCACCCAGCUCGGCGGCCCUCACCCACCGCUCAUGCCCCGCGGCCGCUGGCUCCGGCCUGGCGAUGGAUUCUAAAGCAGGACUUGCCCCAAGCCAGGGCCCUGCAGGAGGCAGGAAUGGGGAGGCGGGGGGUGGAGGGCGGCUCUUCUGAAAGUGUCCACUGCAGCCGAGAGAGGGACACACCCAGCCUGCGCUGGAGCCAUGCCCGCGGCUACACGCAGCCCCCGUAUGUCACACAAGCUGGAGGGAGGGAGUGUUUCCUGGGACCGUAUUUUUGAGCACCGGGUUGUAUAUGUCUAAAGGCAGCCCCCCCUCGCCCACCUUCUCCCCGACACACCCGCCCACAGCAGGGGUCUCGUUCUGACCCGGUGCUGGGUCUGCAGCGUGGGCUGCCUCCCUGCUCCCCAGAGCUGGUCGAUGCGAUUUUCUAGGAUUGGGGGCAAUUUUGCAGAAAUUCAGUUCUCUCCUUCCCGCUCCCAGGCCUCGCUCCAGCCUCUCACAAUCAGCAUCCAACAGGCGGUUUGGCACUUUGGUUUGGAGAUGGGGAAACUGAGGCACAGAUUCUCUCCCCAGGUCAUGCAGGAAGUUGGUAGACAGCCCAGCUCCCCUGACUCCCAGCCCUGCGCUGAGACCCCCUGGGCCAGGCUGGCUCGUAAACAGCCUGUUGGAAUAGCAGGGGGGUGUUGGCAGCACAGGCCGAGGGGGUUUGAGCAGAAAACCCUACGCCAGCUUGUGUCUCUUGGGCCCAGAAAUCCUUUAGGGGAGCACCAGCCUCAUUCUCCCCUUUGCCAAUCCCUUGGCUGCUGGCUGAGAGCCUUGCGCUGGCACCUUUAGCACAUCACUGGGCAUCCUCGGGUGCCAACUUCUUCCACAGCCACCUGAGUGCUCACCCAGUCCGUGUACAGCCUCGGUACCCGGGCUGUGGCCCUGGGCGCGGGGGCAGUUCUAGGGCACGCCCCCUUUCACGGUGGAAUCCUGCUGCCCAUGGGGCCCCCGUGGAGUUGGUGGAAGCUGUGCCCGGGCAGCACGGAGCUGUAGGCUGGGGCUGGAGGUAUUGAUGGCUCUUGGUGGGGCGAGGGCAGGCUGGGGAGAGCGCUAGGUUGGUUUCUCAGAGCUAGCAGGAGAGAACAGGAGUCUGGGCAAAUAUCCCCUUGGCCCCUCCCCACCUGUCUGCAGACUCCCUCCCUUCUGUAAGGGGCCCCCUGCACAGCAUGGCCAAAGCAGUGGGGCCUGGAUUCUCCUUUCUGGGGGCCGGGCAAGGGCAUCCAAGGCUGGCGGCUCACAGACCCCGAGGCCCAGGCCCCAUUCUUUGGAGCCACCCUCUGGGUCUUUUCUCCAGAGCUCCCUGCAUCGUGUGUGCCCCUCUCUCAUCCCCCAUUGAGCCUGAGCCGACGGGGACUGGAACAAGAAACAAGACAGCACUGAAGAUGAGAAUGAAGCCUACACAUAUGUGUAUAAGCGUGUACAUAAAUAAAUAUGUCUAAUGAA